UAUUCGCGGGAUCUCAUGGGCAGCUUGGAGGGCAUGCAGGUGCCGAACACGCAGGAGGCGGCCCAGCUGGCAGCUGCCGACGACGAUAUCAUCGCCGACUGCGGUCGAGAUGAUGUGCGGGCGGCUGUGGAGAAGCGCAAGAGGAUCCACGGCGCCGAGCAGUCGGAUGCCAUCUUCGCAGAUAUAUUCCAGAAGGUCGACGCGAAGAAGGGCCGGCUCCGCCAGGUGCGCGCGGCGCCCGUGGCCACGAACACGGGGCUCGUCGCCGACGCCGAGAAGUACGCGGAGAUCGUGGAGAGAGAGCGCCCCAACUGGAGCUCGGAUCUCAAGCGCAUCGGCCUCGCGGCCCUCUGCGUGUACCGCUCCCGCCCAGUGGACGUGGGGACCGUGCAGCACGUGCAAAUGAUCUGGAUCAUACUUGGUGGCCGCCUUCUCCGCGCCCACAACGGGCGGGCUUACUUCUACGAUCAACGUCUCGGUUACUUCGACGUCUUCGACGGCCUCCUCCCGCCAGAGCUGCUCUUCGCGGCGUCUCGCUUCAUGCUGACUCUGGAAGGAAUAUUCAGGGAUUUCCCGUGCGGCGUGGAGCGAAAGGAUUCCGCCGUGCUCGCGGCCAUCGACAGCGCCGUGGAGAAUGCGGUUGCGAAGAUCAACGGAGACAUAUCUUACGCAGUUAAGGAGGCGGCCGCGCUCGUCUCGUUCCGCGACAACUGCGUCUUCAACAAGGGAAAUGCGAUCCUGCAAAAGGCCAAGGGCAAGGGCAAGGGCGUCGCGGCGCAGGCGCCCGAUGGCGAGGGCGAGGGCGAGGGGCGGGGGCGCGGCGCUGAGGACGCCGAGGGCGACGACCUCACCAGGGCGUCCGACGCGUGGCACAUCGCAGUCGCCCAGACUAUCAGCAAGGUAUCGACCAAAUUACAGACGGAACUUCUCAGCAGCAAAAUCAUGUCGUACUUUAUUGAAUGGUGCUCUCAGGACACCAUGCGAUCUGCUGGCGUCGCCUACGAAGACUGCAUCGUGAAGUACGAUGUGCUGGGUAGUCCUGUGACAUUUUCUUCUGAGCGAUCACCUGAGAAUUCGGUUUACAUUGGCAUCCGCUCGCAGCUCCUGUCCACCGACCCCGUGCUCGACGCGGCGGUGGCCCGCGUGCAGAAGAUAUAUUCACAGACGUUCUGGUCCAUUCCAGAUGCUUUCGUGUUCGGGCAGGCGGCCCAGGCGCUCGCGAAGAGAGGCUACAACGUUGACACCAUCACAGUGUACUGGGGACCUGGCGGCGUCGGCCUGAGUCUCCUUACGAGUCAUUUGGAGGCGAUGUAUGGCCACAAGAAUCACAAAUAUUUCGAUCCCAAUGUAUUUUUCGUCGAUGACGAGUUACGCAAAGUGGUCGAGCUGCUGGUCGACGGCUUUAUCUUCACAGGUCAAGAACGACCCAGCGGACAACGCGGAACCAUGCGGGAGGAUUGCGGCUCUGGCGUCAAACGCACCGCGGCUGGCAUAUUGGUUACUCGCGCCCCGACAGCCGAAGGGCGCGCCGCCCGCGUCGUGCCCUUCAAUGUCGGGGACUUACUCAAGAAAUUUGCCGCAGCGGAGGGAGUUUCUGGAAGACUUCCCUAUUCAAUCUUGACCAAGAUGUUUCGCAUUGUGGGUUGGAAGAGACUCGAGGUCAACAAGUUCCUGGUGUUUGACGAGAUCACAGAGCAGAACGUGGAGUCUUUGAUGCGCAGGCUUGCCGUGGUGAAGAUACAGGCGCGGUUUUUCGAUCGCCUGUAUGUUGAGGAGAACUUCGGUGACGCCGCGGCCGCCGGGAUCUUCGCCCGUGACCCAGAUGCGAAGGAGUUUCUCAUGUCCUCCGUCGGCGUCGCCGCUGGGCAUCGAGUGCAGUUCGCCUUCGAGGAUGAUCACGGCGCAGAGGCGUGUCGCGACAUUAUCGUUCGGUAUGCGCGCUGUGGUGGCGAUCGAGGAAUCACGGAGAAGUCGCUGCGGCAGGCUUGUGGCCUCCUCGAGAAGACGUCGAACGUGGCUGGGUCCCUGCAGGCGGAGAUCGACGCGCCCAACUCGCAGGGGCAUGGGUGCACAGCCCCCAAGGAGUGGUUAGAUUUCAGCAUGGCUCUCAUUCAAGAAUGUCAAAAGAAAAACAUGGACUUCCUUACGCUUCCAGCUUUCAAGGCGAUGUCGCUGCCGACCAGUUGCAAGCUUCCUGCCCCUAAGCCGAAGGCCUUUCAGCGCCUGCAGACAGAGGGUCUAUGGGUGGGCAUUGGAACAGUGGGCAAGGCGGCCGAUCGCAUCGCGCCGCGCAUACGCACCAAGAACGGCAUGAGCGCGCUGAUCGACGAGAGCUCGAUGGGCGCGUGCAACUACCCAGAGGUCUACGACAUGAAGUCCUUUCGGUCAGUAUUCUUUGAGCACGGAGCUCGCAAAACUAACGCUGUGGUUCUGGCGGAUGCACUGGGCAAAGGCAUUCGGCGCCCCGGCCGACAGGCUGCCGAGAAGGCUGCGCGCGAGGCGGCGUGGUCGGAGAGGGCUGAAUCAGUUCGACGCAUGGAGUCUUUCAUCGAUACUUUGGCGAGCAGGGACAAGCGCGCCCAGGAAAUCAAGAGGAGGCGCCUCACGGCCAAGGCUAGCGGCCCGAGCUCGCAGGGGGAGUCGGCUCAUUUCGACGACGAGGUUUCGAUUACGGUUUCCACGGGGUACCAUCACAAGGUGGAGUGGCCGCCGCGAGCUUAA